AUGAUUAUGCAACGACUUUUAUGGAUUUAUUGCCAAAUUAGAUUUGCACAAUAUCUACUUCAAUUCAUUGCAAAUGUAAUCAUUCCGGAUCAUGAUGCACGUGCCUUCAAUCCACCUUUAUGGUCAUUCGACAAGGGCACAAUCAUUGAUAUUCUUGUUGAUAAAUUUUUUUCUGGUUUACGUCGUUGGGAUGCAAUACAUUUUCUUCAAAUCGCUCGCUUUGGCUAUAUCUAUGAAAAUUCAUUAGCAUUCUUUCCAGGUUAUCCUUUACUAUUUAUUUCUCCAUUAGGUUAUCUAUUAAAUCAAAUUUUAAUUGAAUCCAAUGCUUACCUAUUAAGUGCAAUCUCAAUUAAUUUUCUUCUUGGAUUUUGCAAUGCAUAUUUAUUAUUUCAAUUAGGAUUGAAAUAUAAUUUAACUUUGAAUCAUGCAUAUUGGUCAGCCAUACUUUUUAUCGUUAAUCCAGCAACAAUAUUUUUUCUCGCACCAUAUUCUGAAAGUUUAUUUUUAUUUAGCCAAUUAUUAGGACACUACUAUUUAAAAUCAGAUAAAACUUUUUACACAUGUCUAUGUUUUGGAUUUGGUUCAAUAAUACGCUCAAACGGUAUAAUAUCAUUUGGUUUUAUUCUAUAUUAUUAUAUGAAAAAAAUGUAUCAAAGAAAACAACUCAUUUUUCCAAUACAUGAUUUUAUUUUAUGUGUUUUACCAUUUUUUCUAACACAAUAUUUUCUAUACAAACAAUAUUGUUUUGAAAAAAACAUACCACUUGAAUUACAAACCUAUGGUUUCAAUAACAAUCUCUCAAUGCCGCUGAGUAAUUUCUCCUCCACAUGGUGUUUACAGCGAAUUCCAUUAUCAUAUCAAUAUGUACAAAAAGUCUAUUGGAAUGUUGGCUUUUUAAAUUAUUGGACAUGGAAACAGAUUCCAAAUUUUCUCUUAGCAUUACCAGUAUUAAUUUUCAUAGGAGAUUUUAUUAAAACUUGGUUUAAAAUUAUUCGAAAAGAUUUAUGGAAAAGAAAAUUCGAAUAUCUUUUUUCGAAUAGAAUUGUCUAUCAAAGAAAUAUUUGGUUUGAACAAAAGGACUUUUUUCCACAUAUUAUUUACAUGUUAUUUCUAAGUUUAUUUGCAUUAUUUUUCAUGCAUAUACAAGUAACAACACGUUUUCUUUUCUCAAGUGGACCAUUCUUAUAUUUUAUUUCUGCUGAUAAACUCAAACAACAUGAUAUUAAAAAUAGAAAUCUUACAAAGAUUUUUUAUUUAUUCAAAAUUGAAUCAUGUCUUUUUUAUUACUAUUGUAUUUAUGUUAUUAUUGGAAUCUGUCUUUUUUCGAAUUUUUUACCUUGGACAUAG